AAUACUACCGUGUCUCGCUGAUUGCCAAGGCCUACGAUUAUCCAUCCUCCGUCCUAAUAGCAAGCAUCACCGCGCUUUACGUAUUCUGGUGUCAAGAUGCUCUUCUCACUUCCUCUUCUCGUCGCACCGGCCCUGGUCGCCGCCCACGGUGCCGUGACAAGCUACGAAAUUGGUGGAAAGACAUACGAGGGUUACCAAGGAUUUUCUCCCGUUGCGGGAGCCCAGAUCAUCCAAAGACAAUGGCCCGACUACAACCCGAUCAUGACUGUCACCGACCCUAAGAUGACCUGCAACGGUGGUACCUCAGCGCCCCUCGCCGCCGAAGUCCCAGCCGGUCAGAACGUGACUGCGGUUUGGAAGCAGUGGACCCACGAGCAGGGCCCCGUGAUGGUGUGGCUCUACAGUUGUGACGGUGAAUUCACUGCCUGCGACGGCAAGAGCAAGAAGUGGUUCAAGAUCGACGAGUUGGGCCUAUGGGGCAACGUCUUGAACAGCAACAACUGGGGAACUGCUGUUGUUUUCAAGGACCUCAAGUACUCCAGCCGGAUUCCCAAGACCCUUAAGCCCGGCAACUAUCUCAUCCGCCACGAGCUGCUCGCUCUCCACCAAGCAAACACUCCUCAGUUCUACCCCGAGUGUGCGCAGAUCAAGGUUACCGGUUCCGGUACCGCCACUCCUCCGGCCAACCUCCUAACCUCCAUCCCCGCGUAUGCUGCCCAGUCCGACCCCGGUAUCAUGGUUGACAUCUACCAGGGUGGUGGCACUUCAUACAAGACCCCUGGCCCCGCUGUGUGGACUGGUUAAACAAGACCAUGACAAGAUCUUGACGAUGAAUAAUGUAUGGCUAGGUGAUAGAAAUUCGUAUAUUUCAAAAGCAGCUUAAUGGUUGAUACUUUAGAAUAUAUCACCUUUACGUCACCAAUUGCUUCUCCGUGUGAUUCAUCGAGAGUGUAAUGCUCAGGUAAUGCUAUGUGAAGGAAUCUUAAAUAAACUAUCGAAUCUUGAAGCCGUGGGAUGAAUGCGUGAUAUGAGAAUAAAA